AUGGCUCUUUGGCAGAUACCAUUCGACAUGCCCACCCUCCUCAACUCCACAUCACCCCUCAACUCCACCUCGCCCCUCCCCUCCAACACCACCCAACACGCCACCACCCCCACCCCCACAGGACACAUCCUCUUCACCCCCCGAUACCACUACUACGCCUCCCGCUACUCCUGGCUAUGGAUCCUGAGCGCCAUCUCCAUCCUCGUCAUGCUCCAUCUCCUCCGUCUGUUGCGGCACCAUCAUCGGCGGCAACGCACACGUCUGAGAAGGGAAGUGAGGGGGUAUAAGGCUGUGGCGGGGGAUGAAGAUGAUCGGCAUACUUCUGAUCCUUCGUCUUCCCCUGCUUCUGGGACUGGGAUGAGGAAGAGGGCGGGGUGGGUGACAAGGCAGAUAAGAGCAGUAGGAGCGGGAUGGAGGAACGUGAUGUACCUCUCCUCUUUCCCCGCAUGGCUGUAUAUGCCAGAAACAGUAGCGGACGCCGUUUGGACAUUGCUGUAUAUGGGGGUGUAUCUGUUCUUUGGGCUUAGUAAGACUUCUUCGUGGUUCCCGAUGAGGAACGAUAACGUCGCAAACCAAUUCGGCGUCAUGUCAUUCUCCCAACUCCCCCUAAUCCUCCUCCUCGUAUCCAAAAACAACCCCAUCUCCUCGCUCACCGGUAUCACCUACCAAAAACUAAACUACCUCCACCGCGCUUCUUCCAGGCUUUGUUUGUUGACGAGCUGGGUGCAUGCGUUGUUGUGGACGCCGAGAGUUUGGGCGGCGGGGGAUACGAGACCUUAUUUGCUGUUUGGUAUAGCAGCGUUAACGGGCUUUACGAUGCUCUGGAUAACGAGUUUCCGGAUCAUCCGUCGCGUGGCGUACGAAUUCUUCUUGGUGGCUCAUAUCCUCUUUUCCAUAAUGUAUCUAGUAGGCGCGCUCUUCCACUGGAAAUGGCUCCAUUAUUGGGUCUGGCCCGCCCUCCUUAUUUGGGGGGUGGAUAGGGCGAUCCGGUUUGGGAGGUUUGUUUAUAUCAAUGGCUUCCUUCUCUUCGCUUUUGGCUCGAGGAAGAGCGGGGAAAGAAGGGCAGGUGAAGGGAUUGGAGAAGGGGAAGGAGGAGACGGGGAAGAAGAAGAGGAAGAGGAAGAGGAAGGAGGAGGAGGAGGAGGAGGAGGAGGGAGAGGGGGAAGAGGAAGGUGUAAAGUAGAGUUGCUGGAUCACGACGUUAUGCGGAUAACCAUCAACCGCCAAAACUGGAGCUGGAAAGCCGGCCAACACGCCUUCAUAUCCGCCCCAAGCAUUUCCCUCUCCCCCCACGAAUCCCACCCCUUCUCCAUAGCCAACGUCCCCACCCCGUCCUCCAACGACGCCAUCUUUCUCAUCCGCAUCCAUUCCGGCUUCACCAAAAGACUGAGGCUGGCACUGGGGGGUGAUGUGGAGAGGGGUGUGAGGAUGUAUGUGGAAGGGCCUUAUGGGUAUGCGCAUUCGUUGGAUGGGUAUGAGGUGGUGGUGUUGUUGGCUGGUGGGACUGGGGUGACUUUUGGGUCGGGGCAUAUGUUGCAGAUCUUACAGAACGCCAAGGAAGGGGCUUCCGCCGUCAAACAUCUUCACCUGGUGUGGCAUAUCCGCCAUCCAGAAGAUAUCGAAUGGCUCGCUCCCCUCCUCAACCUCGCUGCCUCCCUCUCCGGCCAAAGCGAGAUAGACUUGAGGGUGGAUGUGUAUGUCACCAAGAGUCAUGCGUCGGACGAACCUCUCCCGCCGAAUGGGAUAAGCGAGAGGCUGGCGGCUAUGGCGCCGGAUUAUUUGAGAGAGAGGUUUGAUGAGGCGCGGAUACCGUUGACGCCUUUUGGGGCUGAACCGGGGACGCCGGGGACGAUGGGUGGAGGGGAGAGUCGGGAUGAGACGAUCUUACUGCCGAAGCCGCUGCCUCCGAUGAUGGGCGGGACUAGGGAGAUGGGCAGGGUGGGCAGGUUUGGUCUGACGGGGGAGGCUGCGAGUCUGGUCAAGUGGCAUAGGGGCCGAGCGGAUUUGGGGAGUAUCGUAGAGGAGGAUGCGAGGGCGUGCGAGGGGGCUAUGAACGUUUCUGGCAAGUCCCUUCUUCUCAUGUAA